GUAGCUUCCAUCUCAAUGGGAGCGAAAUCGAAGAAUGUUGAGGAAUCUAGAUCAAAAUGUUGCAAUCCUGUUAAGAAGGCAGGACCUGUAACAAUGGAUCAUGUCCUAAUGGCAUCCCAGGAGACCAAGGAAGAAAGGGAGCUAAGGAUUCGUAGUCUUUUUGGUUUCUUUGAUAGGACAAAUGCUGGCUAUUUAGAUUAUGCCCAGAUUGAGGCUGGCCUCUCUGCACUUCAAAUACCAUCUGAGUAUAAGUAUGCCAAGGAUUUGUUAAAUGCCUGUGAUGCUGAUAAAGACGGGCGAGUUGAUUAUCAAGAUUUUAAAAAGUACAUGGAUGACAAGGAGCUUGAGCUUUACCGCAUAUUUCAAGCCAUUGAUGUUGAACACAACGGAUGUAUUUUACCUGAGGAGCUCUGGGAGGCACUUGUAAGGGCAGGUAUUCAGAUUGAUGAUGAAGAACUUGCCCGUUUUGUUGAGCGUGUUGAUAAGGAUAAUAAUGGUGUCAUAACAUUUGAAGAAUGGAGGGACUUUCUGCUGCUCUAUCCUCAUGAGGCGACUAUUGAAAACAUUUAUCAUUAUUUGGAACGUGUGUGCCUGGUGGAUAUUGGCGAGCACUCCGUUAUUCCUGCAGGCAUUAGUAAGCACAUCCAUGCAAGUAGAUAUUUGAUUGCAGGAGGAGUAGCAGGUGCAGCAUCACGAACAGCAACUGCACCUCUUGAUCGUUUAAAGGUUAUUUUACAAGUCCAAACAACAGAAGCUCGUAUAAUGCCUGCAUUGAAAAAUAUAUUGAGAGAUGGUGGUUUCUUGGGAUUUUUUCGAGGCAAUGGCUUGAAUGUCCUUAAGGUGACCCCUGAGAGUGCUAUAAGAUUUUACACCUAUGAGAUGCUGAAGACCUUCAUCGUGAAUGCUAAAGGAGAGGAAACUAAGGAAGGUAUUGGCACCAUGGGCCGGCUGUUGGCUGGUGGUAUUGCUGGUGCGGUAGCUCAAACUGCUAUAUAUCCAAUGGAUCUUGUCAAAACUCGAAUACAAACAUAUUGUUGUAGUGGUGGAAGAGUUCCCACCCUUGGGACGCUCUCAAAAGAAAUAUGGGUACAUGAAGGACCCAGGGCAUUCUAUAGGGGCUUGAUUCCUUCUCUUCUUGGGAUCAUUCCUUAUGCUGGAAUAGAUCUUGCUGCCUAUGAAACCUUGAAAGAGAUGUCGAAGAAGUAUAUUCUUCAUGAUGAAGAAGCUGGUCCUCUCGUGCAACUUGGAUGUGGGACAGCAUCAGGAGCCCUUGGAGCCACAUGUGUUUACCCAUUGCAGGUCGUUAGAACAAGAAUGCAGGCUCAACGCCCCAAAGGUGAUUCUGCAUAUGGGGGAAUGGGAGAUGUGUUUAAGAGAACCUUUAAACACGAAGGAUUUAGGGGAUUCUACAAAGGAAUUUUUCCUAACCUUCUCAAAGUUGUUCCAUCUGCUAGUAUCACUUACAUGGUUUAUGAAUAUAUGAAAAAGGGUUUGGAUUUGGAUUGAGGAUCUUGACCGCUUCGUUUGAUACUGAUUGGCAACUACUGGUGCCGGGGGAUGGUUGCAAGGAAGGCGCUGAUGACUAAAUAAAGUACACAACUGAAUUACAUUACAAUUAUUUUGAAACAAUUAUAUAAAUAACAUCACUUCAAAAUUCUUGGAGGACGAAAUUGGUUUGUCCCGCGAGGUGCUUCCUCGAACUAAUGUGAAGUACCAUAUCUCUGAGCAGAUUUUGUUGUAUGAUAGAGAAAAAUAUAAAACACGAUUAGGAUCCCAUUUUGUAAUGAUUAGUGGCUGAUGUUGGUCAUAUACCUGCCUAUUCAAUCUGAUGCUAUUUGUUCGAUUUACGGAGGCCCCAGUUCUUUGUUCGGUCUCCUGAUUGCUAGUAUAGAAGUAGGGAUUUGUAGGUAUCUUCCUCAGUUUGUAUCCCAUCCUGAUUUUAGUAUUAGACUAUUAGUUAUAGCCCAUAAUGUCACUUGUGGAAGGCUAUAUGGACCAUCUGUUAUUAUGUGGCUAAUAUACUCCUGACAGGACAAAAAUCUUAAGCAGUAUCCUAUCACAUUGAUGUCUUACAGACUUUUUAAAAUAUUAUUUUUAAUAUUCGAGUUCGAUUUUAUUUCAAAA